AUCUUCGUAUCCCUAACAAUAUUGGUUGCCUGAUGCAUGUAGAUAGUACCUCUAUAUAUGUGAGUGACAUUCAUAUCCCAGUAGACAUGGCUUCAAAGAUGGGUUUGAAGAAAGCUCUGCGUUGGAUGCCACGUUCCUCUGCCAGCCCCCGGCUGGAGGAAGACGAAGACAACAACGAGAGGAACGGGCUGCUGAGGAGCCACCGGGAUCAGAACCGGGUCGUGCCCGUGACGGAUCUCCAUGUUGACGAGCAACCCAAGGCAGGUGCGCAUGUGGAGCCCAAGACCGUGGCUCUGAAGGUGUCGAUGCACUGCCAUGGCUGUGCGAGGAAGGUCGAGAAGCAGAUCUCCAAGUUCCACGGAGUUGUGUCCAUCAAAAUAGAGCUGGGGAUGAAGACGGUGACCGUGGUUGGCAACGUGACCCCCAUGCAAGUCCUGGAGACCGUCUCCAAGGUGAUCAAGUACGCGCACAUUCUGCCGCCGCCCUAGCGAUGCUGUUUCCCGGUCCACUGUGUGGUGAUUGCACUUUUCUUUGAUGAAAACGAUGAGCGCUAUCCCUCUUUUCUCCCUUCUUCUUUUUUUAAACAUUUUCUCCCUUCUUCUUUUAGCGCUCAAUAUGUAUCCCGAAAACAGAAAAUCAUAUGUAGAUUGCCAUUUGAGGAGCCACCCGUGUCCUGGGCUCCUGGCAACUCGAUAGUCUCAUCUUUAUCAUUACCUAAUAAUAAAGCAAAUUGAGUUUUUUU